UAACGACAUGGCAUCAUGGCGAAAGAGUUGAUGAUGGAAUAAUGAGGCACCCAGCUGAUUCAAUGGCAUGGAAAUCAUUUGAUGAACUUCAUCCUUCAUUUGCAGCCGAGCCUCGUAAUGUUCGACUUGGACUUGCGAGUGAUGGUUUUCAACCAUUUCGGAAUGCAAAAACCUCAUAUAGCAUUUGGCCGGUGGUACUUAUUCCUUAUAACUUACCACCUUGGUUGUGUAUGAAACAAGAAAACUUUAUCAUGUCCAUGCUUAUUCCUGGUCCAGAUAGUCCAGGUGAUGCAAUUGACAUAUAUCUUCAACCUUUAAUAGAAGAAUUGAAGGAGCUAUGGAAUAUUGGUAUUGAGACCUUUGAUGCAUCAACCAAACAGAAUUUUAAGCUGCAUGCUUCUUUGUUAUGGACCAUCAAUGACUUUCCAGCAUAUGAAAAUUUAUCUGGAUGGAGUACCAAAGGAAAAUUGGCAUGCCCAUGUUGCAACAAAGAUACUUCCUCAAUCAGAUUGACCAAUUGUAAGAAAGAAAGUUUUAUGGGUCAUCGUCGUUAUCUUCCUCGUAAUCACAAAUGGAGGAAUGAUAAGAAGUCCUUUGAUGGUACAGAAGAGAAGAGGCUCCCACCGAAAAAACGUUCUGGUAUUGAGAUUCUUCAUCAAGUUCAAGAUCUUGAAGGGUUACAGUUAACAAAGGAACCAAAGAAAAGAAUCAAAAUAUCACAUGAUAGUCGAAAAGAUAAUUGGAACAAGAAGAGUAUCUUUUUUGAACUUCCAUAUUGGGAGUCUCUUUUGUUGCGACAUAAUUUGGAUGUUAUGCAUAUUGAGAAAAAUAUAUGUGAUAAUAUUUUGGGGACAAUUAUGAAUGCCAAAGGAAAGACCAAGGACACUAUUAAUACUCGGCUAGAUUUGAAAGAAAUGAAUAUAAGGCCGGAGUUGCACCCUAUCCAGAAAGGUGAAAAAUAUGAAGUUCCAACUGCAUGUUACACCUUAUCUCCACAAGAAAAGCACAAUUUCUGCCUGUUUUUGAAGAAUUUAAAGGUUCCAGAUGGAUUUUCAUCCAACAUUUCUCAGUGUGUUAACUUGAAAGAUCACAAAAUUUCUGGUUUAAAGAGUCAUGAUUGCCAUGUUAUUCUCCAAUAUUUACUCCCUCUUGCACUACGUGGUAUGUUGUCCAAAGAAGUGUGUGAGCCACUAAUUGAAUUGUCUUUAUUUUUUAAUAUGAUUGGAGCUAAGUUAUUAAGGAUUGAUGACUUGGAGCAGGUUGAGGCUCAAAUUCCUAUAACUCUUUGCAAGUUAGAAAAGGUUUGAUAUGAAACCAUCAAAGGAUGAAAAUCAGGUGGCAUCUAGGGUGAAAGCUACUACUAAAUAUGCAUGUGUGCCA